GUUAUCGCGUCUGUCGGUCAAGGCGUUCGUCAACGUGAUCGGCUGUUGUGGUAGGAGGCGGGCCGGCCCUCAGCGGCAGCAGUACACAGAGGAGCGGCGGAGUGCGGAGUGACGGGGCGUUAUUUUUUACAUGAUUAAAACACUAAACGGGGACGAAUACGCGCACGGAUCCAUAGAAACAUAUCUAAAACACCCAGUCCGUCAUGGAGUCCUAUGACAUUUUAGCUAACCAGCCGGUUGUGAUUGAUAAUGGUUCGGGGGUUAUCAAGGCUGGUUUUGCAGGUGACCAGAUCCCCAAAUACUGCUUCCCUAACUAUGUGGGGCGUCCCAAGCAUGUGCGCGUGAUGGCAGGAGCCCUGGAGGGAGACCUCUUCAUCGGACCCAAGGCAGAGGAACACAGGGGCUUGUUGUCGGUGCGGUAUCCGAUGGAGCACGGGAUCGUGAAGGACUGGAACGACAUGGAGAGGAUCUGGCAGUACGUGUAUUCCAAGGAGCAGCUGCAGACUUUCUCAGAGGAGCAUCCUGUCCUGUUGACUGAGGCUCCUCUCAACCCCAGCAAGAACAGGGAGAAGGCUGCAGAGGUUUUCUUUGAGACCUUCAACGUUCCUGCUCUCUUCAUCUCCAUGCAGGCUGUGCUGAGCUUGUACGCCACAGGCCGUACCACCGGCGUUGUGUUGGAUUCAGGGGAUGGUGUGACCCACGUUGUGCCCAUCUACGAGGGCUUCGCCAUCCCGCACUCCAUCAUGCGCGUGGACAUCGCCGGAAGAGACGUCUCUCGGUACCUCCGCCUGCUGCUGCGCAAGGAAGGCUACAACUUCAACACCUCCGCAGAGUUUGAGGUUGUGCGCACCGUCAAAGAGAGAGCCUGUUAUCUCUCUCUCAACCCCCAAAAGGAUGAGACUUUAGAAACAGAGAAGGCUCAGUAUGUUCUCCCAGAUGGAAGCACUUUAAAUAUCGGUCCAGCCAGGUUCCGUGCUCCAGAGCUGCUCUUCAGACCCGACCUGAUCGGAGACGAGAGCUCGGGGAUCCACGAGGUCCUGGCCUACGCUAUCCAGAAGUCCGAUAUGGACCUCCGACGCACACUCUUCUCCACCAUAGUUUUGUGUGGGGGAUCGACAUUGAUCAAAGGUUUUGGGGAAAGACUACUAACUGAAGUCAAGAAGCUUGCACCCAAAGACGUGAAGAUCAAGAUCUCUGCUCCCCAAGAGAGGCUCUAUUCUACAUGGAUUGGUGGCUCUAUCCUGGCGUCACUGGACACCUUCAAAAAGAUGUGGGUGUCGAAGCGGGAAUACGAAGAAGACAGAGCACGUGCCAUCCACAGGAAGACGUUCUAGUAGGGGCCGGCGCCCCGCGAAUGCCCCCAGAACUGCCCUCAGACCCCCCAUCAUACUGUCGGAGACUCCAAUAGUCCUGCACCUGUCCUCUUCUUCGAAACCACUGUCAGCCUACUGCUUUACCCCCACCCACCCCCCACCCCCACCCAGAGAACCGUACGUUUAUGUGUGGGUGUUUCCAUAUUUGCCUCCUCGUUCAUGCGCCUCCUUUUCUCCCUGUUCUUCCUGCUGACGGUGACAGCACCCAUCAGCUCCCACCCAAACAUCCGAAACGUUGACAGACAGAGGGCCGUCAGGGUAUCUCAGAGGGCAAUGGUUAGCACUGUGGACUCUUACUGCAGGCCAUGCUAUUCUCUAAUUUAGUCCACAUUGAAGUAUUGGUAUUGCUCUCUUGCCUACAAAGCCCUGCAAGGUGUAGAAUAUCAUGAAAUGUCAAUAAACGUGAAUGUUUUUCUUUUUUCUUUUUUUUUUUUGCUACUGUUGAAAUUUCCAUUCCAAACCGAAGAUUUAGAUUUUUGUUUGAUGUCCAUUUUGUAGAUUUUUUUUUUUUUUUUUUCAAAGUUUCUGUAACGCAUUAGCUCGUACAGAACAAAGGUUUGAAGUACUAGAGCGGCAUAUAGUGCUAGUGAGGUAACGAUAACCACUGUAUUAUAUAUCUGGCCUAAAAUGCACAGUUGUUAUCUAAAAGUUGAUGCGGUUAAUUUAUCAUCCAACUGAAGGACGCGACGUCACCUCUUAUUAUCUUCUCUGAGGUUAUUACCAAUGAAAUGUUUCUACGUAAACAUGACAUCACGUGUUUGUGGCGAUUAUUGUUCAGUUUGGUCGUUUUGUCGGCUUUUUGUUUCAGCCGAUGGGAUUAAAACUAAGAAAUGCCUGGUUUUUUGGAGUUUUUUUUACAUUUGGUUUCCUCGUUUACAGCAGUCAAGAUGAACACUUAAAGGUGAAAUCCGUUAUUUUACAACCCGGGGCCAUUCCGACUCUGGGUCCUCCUUUGCUCUCAACACCUUGUAUCUUUUGGGGAUUUGGUAAAUGCGACUCUGGUAAAAUAAAGCACAGUGAGCCAAUUAAAACUUUCCGCACAACCUUCGGUUUUACAGAAAUUGUUUCAAACACAACUGGAUGUUGAUUAGUCGAUUGACAGAAAAAUAAUCAGAAACUAUUUUGAUAAUUGUUUCAGUCAUUUUUCAAGCAACAACUAAUCGGCACAUUAACUGAUAAUUAACAUAAAUGUUAGUUGCAGCCAUAUUUUUAACAUUUAUGUUGAUGUCGAUUCUUUUCUCGAAAAUGUAGGAGAAUGGUGAAAUAUGCCUUUUGUGAUUUCCCAGAGAUCAGGGUGUCAUCUUGAAUUCUUUAAAGGACCUGACCAACUGUCCAAACCCUAAAUCCAUUCAGGUCACUGUCCAACAUGACGGAGAUUUGAGAACCUAAACCUGUUGUUUGGCAGUUUUGCUUGAAAAUUGUUUUAAAUGAUAAAUCAAGUAUCCCAAUAGUUUCCUAACUUUCAUUUGUUUUCCUUUUCAAGUGUUUGGAACGACUCCUGUAAAACUGAAGUGUGUUUAGAAAGCUGUCGGAGGCCAGUGCUGCUUGCACCAAUGUGUCUUCUUUUGCCAGAGUGUCUCAGACUAGAACACAGGUGUUGAGUGAAAAGUUAGCGUGACCCAGAGUCACAGUGGAGUCAGUAACGAGCGAGAGGCCCAGGUUGGAAAAAAUACGGGAUUUUUUUCCCCUUUAAAUGUUUCUGAGUACAACAUUCAGCCGAUAUGAUUUAGAAAAAAAAAAAAAAAAAAAAACUAGCUGUCCGACCCCCCCGACCCCCCACCACCACUCCUCUAUUAGAAACUCGGUUAGAGAUCUCCACCGUCGCUCACAGAGACAUGAGGCCAGGCUCUGGAGUCUGGAUAAAUAAACACUGAGAGGCCACAGAAAGCUGACAUGGCUGAUGAUUCGUUUUCGUAUCCCCCCCCCCCCCCCACGUAGUAGCAAAAGUCUGGGUCUUAUGAUUUCCCUGCAUCUCAUUGGCAGUGAAGUCCACACGUGUGUCCGCCUUACUCCGACCGCGUCAGCGCCGGAGCGUCCACGUCGUCUGCUUAUGGGUGUUUUUGAAAAUGGUUGGGAAAAAAAAUAAAAAAUACAACAGGUUGUAAAAUGUCAUCAGCCUUGUGUACAGUGGAAUGCUUUUCAAAAACAACCACCACAAAAACCAUAGGAUAACAGACUAAAAAUGUACAAAACUGUUUAUUCAAGUGUUUGCUUUUACUUUUCGUAAAUUCAAUAUAAUAAAUAAGUUAAUGGCU